AUGGAUGUAGUAUCUAGAGUUUUUUCUUAUGCAGGCUGGGCCUUUCUGCCAGGACUAGCGACAUCGUUCCUGCAAAACCUUUACUACCGUAUUACUAUCCGGGCUGGUACAGCGCAUCCUCAACCUGGCUCAGCCCGCCACAGUCGACACAACCGGCGCAUCCACAUCGCGGUGAUAAGCAGCUACCUGCUGUACACCAUCUAUGAGGACUAUCACAGCCUCCGAGUCGCCGGAGACUUCUACAGUCUACUGAAAGUACUGCCUACAUCCGACGAGCGAACCAUAAAAUCACAUUUCCGACGACUGGCUGCCGUGUUCCAUCCAGACAAGGUAAAACAGAAUGGCAUAAGGUCGGCGUUAGGAAAUGUGACGGAUGAGGCUGCGGCGGCAGCCGUCGAUAUGUUCUUCGUGAAGCUGAAGCUGGCGCAGGACACGCUGCUGGACCCAGUCAAGAGGUUUGCGUAUGACCGGUUCGGGCCCGAUGUGGUGGACAGGCCGGGAGAACUAGGCAAGACGCUGAGCAUGGCCACCUACUUUUACGAUGGCCUUUUUGCACUCGCACCGCAGUACGUUAUUGGUUUUCUGGUGAUGAUACUUCUCAACAUCUUCUGGUUCUCUGCCUGGGGGAGAUACUGGCGGUUCUACAUGUUCUUUGCACUGCUGACGCUUGAGCUGGCGCUGCUCACGCAUCCCAACGCAACCUUCAUUCCCUCCGCCUACCUGCCGCCGACCCUUAGCUGGCUCCUGGGACUGGACAGCUUUUACCUGCUGCCCUUCCAGAUACUGUCCAUUGCCCGCUCGGCCUCGAUGACCCUGAACAUCUUCAUCUCAUACCUGGCGCCGCCAGAGUCCAAGUCGUCUGGCCGGAGCAAGGGUCGAGGGAGCGAAGGGUUGAGCGUGCAGGCGCAGCAACAGCUGACGCAGAUCAUGCAGCUGGCUCAGGCACAAGACGCAGAGGGCGCCAAGCUGCUAGGUAUGGACAUGCUGCCCUUCCAGGGCGACGAGGAGGGGGUAAGCAGGCUGCGGCGAGAGAUGAAGGAGCGCUUGGAGAGAGACGCGGUCCGACAGGCUCCUGAGGUGCGGCAGGCCGUCGCCCUCGCCAAAGAGGAGAAGAGGCAGCAGCAGCAGCAGCAGCAGCAGCAUCAAGAAGAGCAGUAG